AAUGGGCUGAAGGCAGAAUCGAUAGCGGCUUUCCGCCUGGGAUCCAUUCAAUAGCGACGUGUCUAGGCUCAGUCUUGAGUCUAUGAGUACUAUGUAGCUGAUGCGCAAGGGGCUCAUCUGUCGCUGGUGAUAAAUACUAGUGCAAUGGGGUCACCUCAGUCAACUCUGAGAGGCUUUUCCCUCUCGAUCUUCUCCUCCGUCAACGUUCGCCUUUCCCGGGCACUUUCCGACCAUUAUUACACUCGUUUUCGCCUCCGAUCAUUGCCACGGUCCUGAAGGAUGAGGCCCUCCACGUUGUGCAUCGGCGCCGGCAUACUGCCUGGCCUCGCUGCUGCUGGCUGCGUCUCGUCGUGCGGCUCCCCAAAGUGUCUUGCCGCUGUCGGCGCUGAUCCUGCCGUUGGAGAGUCGUUCUGCUCUUCGUGGCUGUCACUGGCGCCCGCCAUGACAACCGUCACCGAGUUCGAGACUGUCACGUCAACCCAAGUUGGAGUUGAGACGGCCUUGACGACACUCACGCUUACCACGGGGACGACUACCGUGACUGGCAGCGACGUUUCAACCGUGUUCCUGAAGAAGCGAGCUCCGACCAUCACCGUAACCGAUCUCGACCCGACCUCUUCGCCCGAUCCGGUCGAGGCCAUUGUCUCGAAGUGCGCAUCCAACGAUAAUCGCAUCAGCAGAGCCUGCAGCUGCUUCAUGUCAACGGCGACUUUGUCCACCGUAACCGUGGUCGAGACGGCUGUCUCCACCGCCGUUGUCGAGGCGAGCAGCACCGUCGUCACCACAAUCACUACCAACGUCGAGGCAACCGUCUCGGUGGCGGCGCCUACGGUCACCAUCCCCGCGAAUAUUGUCCCCAACGGCGGCUUCGAAGAUUAUACAACAACCGGCAAUUUGCUUCCAUGGAUCGAGACCGUCACCGGGGGUAAUGCCAGAGUGGAGCCUAUCUAUCCCAUCAGCGUUUGCGGGCCGAAUGGUGACUGCCCUGGCGGCCAGGUUAUCCUCCGCAUAUACCCGCCCAGUGUUGGCAGCGGAUACACAGGCAUUCGCCAGACAUUUGACGGGCGCCCGUCGACCACCUAUAAUGUCUCCUUUCUCUAUCGCUGCCUCAACUACGAUACGCAAACGAAUAUUCAGGUCUUGUACGCGGGGGCUCUCGCCGGCUCCGUCAAAUGUCCCAGCGGCAAUUUCAUACGCGCCAACGGCAUCCAGUUCACCACAGACUCUACCGGCAGGGCAGAGUUUGAGGUCCGCUUCUUUAACCCCACCAACCUGCCGUACCUGUACUUUUACACCGACGACUUUAAAGCCAUCGCCGCUUAGGCGGAUCUUUGGUUUGUCAACGAUGACGUGU